AUGAACAGUACAACAAUAUUAACAAAUACUUCAGAUUUUAUGUCUGAUAAUCGUUAUGUUCAAAUAGCUUCACGUAGUGAAGAAUUUAUAUUGCCAUGUUUAUUAUUAAUUGGUACUACCUGUAAUACCUUAACAUUUGUUGUUAUGAGACGAGGUCGUAUGCGACAUUCAUCAUCAUGUUUCUACAUGGCUGCAUUGGCUAUUGCUGAUACAUUUGUUCUUUGGAUCGGUUGUCUCAAUCGAUGGUUAGAAUUGUUAGACAAACAAAGACCAAUUUUAGCUUGUAAUAUGUGCUGUAAAUUAGGCACAUUUGGAUUUUUCUUUUUUGCUGAUUGUAGUGUUUGGAUUACAGUUGCAAUGACAUUCGAACGAUACAUAGCUGUUUCUCAGCCUCUACGUGCUAGUCAAGUUUGUACAAUAAAACGUGCACGUUAUAUGUUAUUACUUGUAUUUACAGUAUUUUUCUUGAUAAAUUCACAUUUCCUAUGGACAUUUCAUUUAUCAUCAACACUAUCGCAUUGUAUGCCAUUGAAUGAUCAAUCAUUAUUUAUAAGAUAUUUUACGUGGAUUGAUUCAUUUAAAUAUUCAUUUUGCCCGUUUACACUUCUAAUAACACUUAAUAUAUUAAUAAUAAAAAGUUUAUUAAAUGCACGUAACACAAAUAAAUAUUUACAACAAGAAACAACAAAUGAUAGUCAUGCUAAUUACAAUACAAAAUCUAAUUCAACGUCAUUUUCGUCAACAUCAACAACAAAUGCUAGUAUAAAGAAAUCCAAUAAGAAAUCUAAAUGCAAUCCUUUACGUUCACUUCAUUUAUAUCAACAAGAAAAACAUACAUCAACAAAAGCAUUAGCAUAUCGACGAGUUAAUCGUCGUUUAACAACGAUGCUGCUAGCUGUAUCAUUUGCGUUUUGUAUCUGUUCAAUGCCAAUAUCAAUAAUGCAAUUAAUCGAUGCUAUUUACAGUGAUAUUAAUCACCGAUCGACAACAUUAAACGCUGGAAUAGCCAUUGGAAAAAUUAUAGCUGAAAUAUCUCAAUAUUUAAAUCAUUCUUCAAACUUUUUCCUGUAUGCAUUUACUGGGAGAGUUUUUCGUCACGAACUUCGUCGUUUAUUUAGUUGCCAUUAUUUCUUACUAUUUUCAUCGUCAUCAACAUCAACAUCAUCAUCACAACGUUUAAGCAAACGUGCAAAAAAAUUAAUGCUACGUCAUAGUCCAUCACAGGGUCUACAUGAACAUUUCUAUUCGAAUGGUAAACGUUAUACAAGAGUAAUAGUUGCGCCAAGACCAUCGAUAAAUUUAUCACAAACUUGUACUUAUCGUCAAAGUAUUUGCAGUGCUUAUUCGUUAUCAGAAAUUCCAUUAACAAAUCAAAAACAACGACUACGUCAAAAUUCCAGUAUGUUUAAUGAUGAACAAGAUGAAAAUUUUCUAACCUGUUAUCAUCAUCAAACUGUUGAACCACGUAUGAGUUCAGUAACACAAGCAACAUCAAUUAUGUUACUUGAUUCACCAACAAGAUCAGUUAAACAUAAUUCUGCACUUGUUUCAUUUGUUGAAAAUAUGAAAAAUCAACAAACAACUCCAUUGCUUCGUUCGAAUCUUGAAAGAACAGCCUUUGCUAAAACAAUUAAACCGUAUGGUUUAACUGAUAUAAUAACGCCAAAUUUAUAA